AUGGUGUCUAGUACAUGGUCUUGUGCUGGACUACUCGUUAUUGGUUUGGCCACCCUGGUGACUCUCAACUGUACGCUCUCGAUGGACACGACAUUAAGGCCUUCUGUGAAGUAUCCCGACCGUGUCGUGCUCUCCAACAAAACGAAACCCUUCACAGUGCGCGUAUCUCGCUUUGUCUGUGUGGAAACUCCAUACGCGCUGACCGAGCUGCUGUAUUGCAAAAUACGGCUGCGACGAAAUGAGCCAACGUUGUUCAACAUGUCGAUCCGUGUACCGAUGGUCCUGAACACCGUGUACUUGCAAGUGAAGACGUAUUACAAGUACAUGACGUAUCAGAUUUUUCCAAUCGAUUUGCAUGAAGAAGUUUGCGCCUACAUGAAGCAACCCUCGAACGACAUUUUCUCGCGCCAUGCAUUCUCCGUGCUGAUGGAGACCAUGCCGCAGUACAUGUAUCCCUGUCCACAUGGGAACACUACAUACACCAUUGCAUACUGGCUCGAGGAACGGUUUUUCCCUGAUAGUAUGCCGGCCGGAGACUUUCGGAUGGAUUGCUGGUUCCGCAAUGGGGCCAAUCAGACCCUGUUCGCCUACCAGGUGUUCUUCUCGGUUCGCAGAAGGGGGGUCGUGCCUUCGAUGCUGAAUUGGUAG